UUCAUUCAUUCAUUCAAAAAUUAUUUGACCAGAUCGAAGAAAUGAAAAAAAAAAGAAAACAAUGUUUCUUCGUUCUAUAUUGCGUGCAACACACAAACACACCAUCAUCAUCAUCAUCAUUACCAUUGUUUAUAAAUCAUCAAAAAUAUACACAUAUGUAUAACACGGUCGGCUGAUUUGAAUCAAACCAAAUAAUAAUCAUAAUCAAAAAAUGUUCCUCUCCAUUUACUUACCUACUACAAUCUGUAAUAUAUUUACUAUAUAAUGACGACAAACUUUUGCUGUUUUCUCUCUCUCUCUCUCUUUUUUGAUAAAUUUGGUUUCGAAACAAUAACGUCUCUCAACAACGACCAAACGACCAAAUACGACAUUUUUUCUCCACCUUGUUAAGAAAAUCAAUGAAAGAAAAACGUAAAAAUGACCAAUUGAUGAAUAAAAAAAAACAAACUUGUCAACAGGUUGUUGUUCAUCAUCAUUUUUGUUGAUUGUUGGUCCAACGCACACAUCAAAGACCUCGGUUCAUGGACAUUCAUUCACAUCAAACAUACACAUGAUGAUGACCGAAAAAACAACUGUUCCAACGAGGAUUUUUAUUUUGGAUCAACGAUUUCAAUAAUGAUGAUGAAUACUAAAUGAAUAUGAAUAGAAUAUGUCAACAUAUUUCUUUUUGAACUUUUGACACAAUGUUUUGUGUGUUGAUUCUUUGUUUCUCCUGUUUUCAUCAUUCAUAUAACAACAACAACAACAACAGCAACAAUCAUCAUCAUCAUCCAUAAUGUCAAUUUCACCACUUGAUUUUAUUCUAUUACAAUUUGGUUCACCUGGUUAUUAUCUUGCAUUUCUUGGUUUUCUUAUCUGUUGUUUACAAUUACCGAUUGUGUUCACUGAAUAUUUAUUCCGUUAUUAUAAUUAUGAACCACCACAUCGUUGUCGUAUUACCGCUGAUGAUAUACGACGGUCACAACAUCAGUGGAAAGAUUUUAAUGUACAUAAAAAUGAAUGGUAUCCAAUUAUCAUACAACCACCAUCAAUACAACAACAUCGAUCCAUAAUGAUGAUGAAUACAUUUGUUGGAUCGACAACCAAUUCAUCUAGUCAUCAAAUAUUUGAUCAAUGUAAUAUAUUUAUUGAUCCUGUACAUCAUUGGAAAGGUAAACAACCAUGUCCAAAUGGUUGGGAAUAUUGGUGGCCAAAUGGACCGAAAAAUUUAAUCACCGAAUUUAAUUUGGUUUGUGAACAAAAACAAUGGCUCACUAUACUGACGAAUGUCAUUUGUUUAAGUGCAUUAUUCGGUGCAAUAAUAUUCGGCAUUAUUGCCGAUCGUUUUGGUCGUUGCCGAAUGCUGAAUUCAACUAUUUAUCUAUUUGUUGCAUCUGCUUUGUCUGUUUAUUUUGUCGCAGAUUUCAUACAAUUUUCCAUUUUUUAUAAUUUACAAAUUUUUUUCGUCAAUGGUCUACAGAUAUCUGCAUAUGUUCUAUUGUUGGAACUGUAUCCAACACCAUAUCAAUUGAAAGCCAAUUUUAUGUGGUUCAUUUUUCAUUCAUUAGUAUUGAUAUUAAUAUCAAUAUUAGUGUUUGCCAUCAAUGAUUGGCGUUAUAUGCAAUUAGCAAUUGCUGUACCAAGUUUUGCAUUCAUCACCUAUCUAUUCGUAUUACCAUCAUCACCGUUAUGGCAAACAAUUGUGCAACAGAAUCAAAAAGCAGCCAUAAAAACAUUGAGACAUUUUAGUAAAUUCAAUGAUACAACCACUAUUUCAUUGAAUCAAAUUACACAACAUGUACAGAAUCUUUUCACAUCAACAUUGACUGCAUGGAUUCAGCCACCAUAUGAACAACAACAGCAGCAGCAACUUUUGAAUGGUCGUCAAUCGAAUAUCAGUGUUACACCAUCACCGAAACAUUCAAUGACAAUUGUAAAAACAACCAAACCAAGUUUAUCAAGACCUGGACCAAUUUUACGUUGGUUUCUACUGACGAAUUUCUAUCUUUUUUUUGUCAUCACAAUCAUCAAUUCUGAACUAUUUGAACCACAUGCAUUGAUUUUAAAUCAAAAUCCAUAUGUAAAUACGAUUUAUAAUUCAUUAAUUGAUUUAUCAUUCAUCAUUGUUAUAUAUCAUCUUACAAUAUGGCUUGGAAGUCGUAUUAUUCAAUCAUUAUUGUUCUUUUUGAAUGGUCUGAUGAUCAUUAUAUCGCUCAUAUCACGUGAAUAUCUAGCACAUAAAAGUAAAGCUGAAACAUACAAUUUUGAUUAUCGUUUACUAUUAUUACCACCGAUCAUUAUGGUUAUUGCACGUUCCAUUGGUCGUACUAUAGUGAUUUUUAUUUCAUUUCAUGCUGCAAAAUCUAUACCAACUAAUAUCAGAGCUACCGGUAUUGGCUGUUGUAUGUUUUGGAUACAAAUAUCUCGUAUUAGUGUACCACAUUUAAUCGUAUUGGCCAAUUAUUUACCAUAUAAUGCACUUGAAUGCAUGUUUGGAAUAUUGGCCAUUUGUAAUGGUGGCCUUUCAUUAUUGUUUCCAAAUUUAGAACAAAAACCAUUGCCUAAUACUUUGAUUGAUUUAGAAGAACGAAAAUAUUCAUCAUCAUCAUCAAUGGCAACAACAACAAUGGUAUCAUCAACAUUUUCAUUAUCAUCAAAACGUUAUCCUAGUUAUCGUGAUUUAAAGACCUAUACAAAAAGUCGAUCAACCACUGCAAGUAGUAAUGAUAUUUAUAUGAUAGCCAACAAUAACAACAACAAUAAUGGUGAAUUAUUUUCAUCUCCGAAUUCAAAUUAUAAUACAAUACGUUCAUCACGUAAACGUUCAUCAACCAAGAAUAAUGGUGGUCGUGAAAUUUUAAUACAUGGAACGGAUAUACAAAAUUCAAAUUCAUUAUCAAGUUCAAAUGGUCAAACAAAUCGAACGGAAACCGAACGUACAUCAUUAUCAUCGACAGGUCACGAUCGGAUCGGUAUGAAUGAUUCACCAUCGAAUUCAUUUACAGCACAAAUCACACAGCAGAAUAAUAAUUCACGACCAAGUUAUAUACCAUACAAUGAUGUUGAUCCAUUUAUUCUGGAACUAAAUAGCAGGCUUCAACAACAUGAAGUCUGAUGGACAUUGAAGUAAUUUGAUAAUACCUGUAUAAUAAUU